AUCUCACUUUUCUUUGUUAAUUUAAGGUUUAGCUAGCCUAUAGUUGUUGUCCCCACCAUGAACAAAGCUUAACAUUAAAGUAACUACGAAGAAGAAGAUGAUCAAUUAUUGCGAAGGUCAACUCCUAAGCAACCAUUGAUGUCGAAGUCCACAACAUCUCUCGCCUUCCUUCUCGCUGCUCUAUCUUACUUCCUCCUCUAUUCUCCACCAAAACCACACUACUACCACACUCUUUUCCUCUCAGCCUCCUUCUCCGACAACGCUUCCAUCGCCUUAAACCUCCGCACCCUCACCCGCCGCCCCCAUAUAGCCGGCUCAGUAGCCAACGCUGAAGCCGCCGCCUUUGUCCGCUCCGCCUUCACCUCCUCCUCCCUCAAAACACACCUCGUCUCUUACCAAGUAUCUCUAACCUACCCACUCCAUCGCUCCCUCCUACUAACACCAAACGCAUCAGCAACGCCAAUCACUUUCACUUUAGAACAAGAAGACGUGGGAGACAACCCUUACGCAGAAGAAGUGACUCCCACGUUCCACGGAUACGCCAAGUCAGGCAACGUUUCAGGCCCCGCGGUUUACGCGAACUACGGACGAGUUCAAGACUUCGCUGGCCUUAACGUCUCCGGAGCCGUCGUGGUCGCGAGGUACGGGAAGAUUUACAGAGGAGACAUAGUGAGGAACGCGCACCGUGCGGGAGCCUUAGGCGUUGUGGUAUAUACUGACAAGAGAGAUUACGGCGGAGGAGGAGAUGAGUGUUUUCCGGCGAGUAAAUGGAUGCCUCCGAGUGGUGUUCAAGUGGGUAGUGUUUAUAAUGGGUUGGGUGAUCCGACGACUCCUGGGUGGGCAAGUGUUGAGGGUUGUGAGAGAUUGUCUGAGGAGGCUGUGGAGUUGAGCGGGGACUCUCCGCUUAUACCUUCGCUGCCUAUCUCGGCGGCUGAUGCGGAAGUGAUUUUGAAGAGUAUCGUUGGAGAUGUUGCUGAUGGAGAUGUUUAUCCAGUGGGGCCCGGACAGGGAAUCUUGAACCUAAGCUACAUUGGGGAAACUGUUAUAGCUAGGAUUGAGAAUGUUAUUGGAGUGAUUGAAGGUGAAGAAGAGCCUGAUAGAUAUGUGAUUCUUGGAAACCAUCGAGACGCUUGGAGUUUUGGAGCUGUUGAUCCCAACAGUGGGACUGCUGUACUUUUGGAGAUUGCACAAAGGCUAGAUAAGCUGCAGAGAAGAGGAUGGAAGCCUAGACGGACGAUUAUUUUUUGUAAUUGGGAUGCUGAGGAGUAUGCUCUGAUUGGUUCAACAGAAUGGGUAGAAGAAAACAGAGAGAUGUUAGCUUCGAGAGCAGUGGCCUACUUGAAUGUAGAUUGUGCUGUAUCUGGCCCAGGGUUUCGUGCUUCUGCGACUCCACAACUCGAUGAACUGAUCAAACAAGCGGCUCAAGAGGUCCAGGAUCCAGAUAAUACUACACAAACCGUCUAUGAUUCGUGGAUAGGAUCAAGCAACUCUGGUGUGAUUGGAAGAUUAGGGGACCUAACAUCAGACUACGCAUCAUUUGUGCAACAUGUUGGUGUUCCAGCAGCUGACAUGCGUUUCGGAGGAGGCUAUCCUGUCUAUCACUCAAUGUAUGAUGACUUCACUUGGAUGGAAAAAUUUGGAGACCCUAUGUUUCAGCGUCAUGUGGCCAUGGCUAGUGUUCUAGGUUUGGUCGCUCUUCGGUUAGCAGAUGAGGAAGUAUUACCAUUCAACUAUGUCUCCUAUGCAACAGAACUCAUGAAAAGUGCAGAAGAUUUGGAGAAAGAUAACUUGGGCCAUGGCAUAGAUGUUUCGCCGUUAUUCAAAUCAAUCCAAGAUCUGUAUACAUCUGCUCAAGGAAUACAUAUAGAGAAAGAGGGGAUUAAGGGAGCUUUGAAAGCGAGAGAGCUCAACGACAGGUUAAUGAUGGCGGAGCGAGCUUUAACAGAUAGAGAUGGACUUUCUGGGAGAACAUGGUACAAGCAUUUGGUAUAUGGACCAGCUAAGUACGAUGAGUAUGGAUCCGAAUCAUUUCCUGGAAUUGAUGAUGCAAUAGAUAAUGCAAAGAGGGUUAAGACCAAAAAUUAUUGGGGACUUGUUCAGCAUGAGAUAUGGAGAGUCUCUAGAGCUAUAACACAUGCAUCACUUGUCUUAAAGGGUGUAUUGAGAUGAUAUAUAUCACGAAUGCUCUUGUUACUCUGUUCUAUCACAACGUUGAAACAUACUCAUGACAUGUUUUCCUCUGGUUCCUCCACACUGUUCCUCCACAAAGAAGUUGUCUCAAAAUAGGCAUGUUGCGUUCCCGACAGCUACAUGUGUGUGUUGUUUUGUAAUCGGCAGAGUUUUGGGCGCAGAGUGCUUGUCUGCUGCUGAUGUUAAUGUUUUGUGUUUCAAAACGAAAUAAUGGAGACUCUGCACUAGACCUUAUGAAUGUAGAAACAAGCUUGUCUUCCAA